AUGCAGACUGCUUCUACAAACAUUUGUGAAAGAAUGGGUUGCUCUCAGGAGCUCAGUGAAUUCAGUCAUGGUACCGUGAUAGGUUGCCACCUGUGCAAUAAGUCCAUCUAUGAAAUUUCCUUGCUACUUAAUAUUCCACAGUCAACUGUUAGUGAUAUUAUAACAAAGUGGAAGCAACUGGGAAAAAACAGUAACUCAGCCACGAAGUGAGUGGAGUCAGCACAUGCUGAAGCGCACAGUGCGAAGAAGUCGCCAACUGUCUGCAGUGUCAAUAGCUAAAGACCUCCAAACUUUGUGUUGCCUUGAGAGAGCUUCAUAGAGAUAGAAUGGGUUUCCAUGGCCAA